UUUAUUUUUAAUUAUAUGCUUGCUCUUAUUGUUUCUGUUUUUUCAGUUAUUUGGACCAAAGAAUUGCUGUUUUUAACUCACUAUAACAACUGAUUUGAUUGAUGUUCUUGAUUUGGUUACUGUUUUUUACUAUGUUAAGGUCGAAUUAUUUGCUGAUUCUGAGGCUAAACUAGCUGUUAUUUUCAUUGUUAUCCGUUAGUUAGCAGUUGGUUGGUGUUGAUGGGGACUGAUAUGGCACCUGUAUUUGCUAAAAACCAAACUUGACUAUGUCAAGUUUAGUCUUAAAGAUUGUGAUAGCGAUGAUAAUAGGGGUGCUUAAUGGUUUAUAUCUGUUUUUGUCUUCUAGUUUACACUUCAGAUUUUUCUGAUGGGGAAGAUAAAAUUGCUUGCUUUUCUAAGUUUUGACAUUAAGAAGAUUAUUACCAAGGAAAAGACCGUUAAUACAGUGGCUGCUACUGAAAAUGUUUUUGUUAUUUGGAAGAUAGUGGGUUGCUGCUUAUUAAAUAUGUCGAAUUCAAUCUUGGUUUUAUUUUAAUGAAUAUGAACUCGGGUUACUGAACAAGUAGAUUGAGGUGCUACUAGUCCUUCAUUUCAGUGCUGAAUUGAGAAAUAGUUUUCGUCUGAAAGAAGAUCAGUUUUUUGUUUUACAAAUUUAUGUUUAUGAUGUGAGGUGAAUUCCAUGCGGUUGAUGGAUGAGGCGUUGCUCUUGAAAGUUUUAAGAUGGAGUUUGAAUCUAAAGUCGCAUAAUAUGGAAUAUCAACAAGAUUUGAUAUUAAUGCUGUUGGCUAUUCUAAUGUUCAUAUGGUGCUUCUGGAGUUAUAAUUGUGACUGUAGCUUCAUUGUUGAUACUCUGGAGAUCCAUGUCGAUGUUUGUGUGGUAUCAAAUAAAAAAUAUUCAACCAAAAACCACAUGGCUUCGGUUUUUAAACAAUCAGUUGAUCCAACUGCACACUGUUUUUACGUCCUUCAAAAUAAGGUGUUCGAUACUGCCUCGUAUUCCGAGUUUGUUACGGAUAAAUUUGCUUGUACUGAUGUAGCCAAUCAAAUUUCAAGUCCAACCGGCAGGCUGCGCAGUGUUUCUCCAGUUGGGUCAGAAGCAGAUUGGAUAGAACCCUCUAUGCAUCUGUGUAACUCAAGAAUGUUUCACCCUUAUAGUCCUGACAGAGUUUAUGACGCUUUCCAUUUGUUGCAGCAUGAGCCAUCUGUUAAGAGAAUGGUGAUCUCACUGUCUUCUGAUAAAGCUGUUUGGAAUGCUGUUUUGAACAAUGAUGUAGUCCGCGAGCUGCGUGAGACCUACAAUGCAGAAGAAAAUAAUACUCCCCCAACUCUCGAGGGUUCAGAUGAGACUAGCAACGACUCCAAUCCAGCGAUGAAUGCUGUAAAGUGGAUAUUCGAGAACACAAAAGCGAAAUUCAUGGAAGUAUUCGAGAAAAUAACAACACUGAUUAACGAGUUGUUCAAGGCGCAUGUUGUUGAUAAUAAAACAACUGGAACCAUGGAUCCAUUCGAAGAAAGGCUCAAAACAUCCUUUAUGCUCUCAGUUGUAGUCUUGCUGGUUGUGGUUGUGACUCGAGCCCAUAGGGCUUGAGCUUAAUUUGCCGACAUAACAAGCAGUUUCGCCCGGUAGUGACUGAUUAAUGUUAAUCUUUUCACCGGGCUGCUUUUCUUAGUUGUUCAUGUUAAGAUGUAUUUGUGUGUCAGCACUACAUUUAUUUUGUGUAUAUGUUGUUACUUUUAAUAGCCAUUUGUCUGUUGGCUUAGAGUCUUAACAUUUAUGUGGUCACUGUAUUGUACAAUAUUUGGGAAAUGGGGAUGUUUCCUUGUUUUGUUAGUUAAGCAAGCGGCUUUCUUGUUA